AUGGACGUCUACGAGUCGUCAUCUGGCAGCCUCAUACAGACGGUACGAGAUGGCAUGCCUGCUCUGACUUGGACAACAUUCCUGGCUGUGUUGGUCUUCUCCUGCGUUGCGACCCGUGUCAUCACCGGACUCCAAAGCCAUCAACGCACAUCAGGCACGGAGGCACGAAGGGCUCAAUUGGCCCCUUACUGGAUACCAUGGAUUGGCCAUGGUGCUUCAUUUCUGUGGGACCAUGUCUCAUUUUUUGAGUCCUUGCGAGAAACGAUGAAGGAGUCUGUCUUUCGCGUGUAUAUACGUGGCGAAAUUCACGAUACUGUGCUUUCACCAUCCAUGAUCAAGACCAUCAUGUCUUCUCCGGAUGCAUCAAAAGCCCCUGUGUUGGAUCAAGCCUUACAGAAUGUCUUCGGAGACCGUGGCCUCCUGCGCAAUCUACGUGCCAAUCGCGAUCACGAGAUAAGCGAUGAUGUGGCAAGUCUCAUUGACCGGGAGCCUUUUGCGACUGAGCAUUCAGAGGCCAUCACCAAAUUUCUCAAGCGCAACAUCGCGAGUCUUGUGACAUUCUGUCGCAGCCCAGUAGAUCAAACUCCGUGGGAACGUGAUAGUCAGGUGAAGCUAUUUGAAGACGACCAGUCAGUAUGCUUGGUAGAUCUCUAUUCCCUGAUUCGGAGCUUUGUGGGGCACAAUAUCACCCAACUCUUGAUAGGCGAGUCGUUUGUGGAGUCCUUCCAAGGGUUCUUGACUUAUAUAUGGACCCUCGACGACAACUUUGUUCCCAUGUUCGUUGGGAUUCCACGCUCUGUCCCGACGCCCGGUGUUUCUUCAGGUUUCGCUGCUCGUGACAAUCUUUUACAUAUCAUGUCAGUCUUCUAUCGAGCAUUCAAUGCUUGGGAUGAUGGAAUUGAUCCGGGGAUCGAGCUUCGUGAUCUCGAAGACGUUUCGGAGCUAUUCAAGCAGAGGAUGCGGACUUUCCGUAAACUUGGACUAUCUCCAGGCGCCAGCGCUGCCGGGAAUUUAUCCCUCUACUGGGACCUGCUGGGGCAUAGUGCUAGAAUGACCUUCUGGAAUGUCGUCCACAUAUUCGCAGACAGCGAACUUCUCAAAGAGAUCAGAAAGGAGAUUUCCCCUUACGUGAAGGCUAUUAGGCUUACCAGGCGAGAGACUGGAUUCCCAAUGGAUGAGCCCCCAACGUUAGACAUGGAUAUGGAGAAAAUGCUCCAAUUCUGUCCACUACUCAAGGCAUCUUACUACGAAACCAUUCGUCUUCACUCUGCUGGAAUCUCUUUCCGAAAACUGGAAUCUGACAUAACUUUGACUGAAUCAACAGCAGACGCCGUCGAGCCUCGCACGUACAAACUGAGAAAGGGCGAGAAAGUCAUCAUGCCCCAUGGCGUCUUCCAAAAUGAUCCCAACCACUUUUCUAAUCCUGAUCAAUUUGAUCCUUUGAGAUUCAUUGGGGCGGAGUCUGGUAAUAGCCACAAGGUGGUCAACGCCGAGGCUCUUGGGCCCAUGGCAGAUGGUCUCUAUGCCUCGAAGCACAACAGCUUUACCGAGCGAACGAUUCUCGGGUUCACCGCGGCGAUUGUGUCGAUGUGGGACCUCACUUCACCAGACGGAAAGAGCAUUACUGUACCAGGGAAUCGCACAACAUGGGGAGCAUUCUCACCGACAAAUAAUGUACGAGCCAAGGUUAGAAUGGCUGUAUAA